UGUACCGUGACCGGAAAUGUGUUUUACCUUUUUCUACCUGUUUCACCCUUUCAUCUUUUUUAACCUCUAUCAUACUGUAUAUAUCAAUACUUAUCCACCAGUGACCUGAACAUGGAGUGUGGUCACCACAGGCAGCAAUGAGGGCCUUUGGUGAAGCAAUGUGGUACGCUCCCAAUUGAUGUGCUGAGAAGCUCCAGCGGGAUUCUAGCCAUUUCCUCUGUGAAGACAGUCGUAAGGUCUUUAAUGAUGCCCAGCGAACGGGAGCAGCGAAAAGCUGCAAUGGAGAAGCUCUCAGCGAAGAAAAAGUCGACUCUCUCAACGCAAUUCCAGCACAACAAUCGAGGAAUGGCGGCAGAUGUACAGCGACGGAUUCCCCCAACUAGAUCAGCCAAAAGUGGAAAGGCAGCUAUUUCCAUCAUAGCAGCCGCCGGAGAUGUCCUCCGGAAGUCAAACUCCAUUUUGAUCAACUCGAAGUGCCGCAUUAUCCAGGAUGCCCAGCUCAAGGAAAAUAUGGAUGCCAGGAAACGGAAAUUGGAGGAAGAGCUGAUGGUCGACUGGAAGAUGAUCGAGAAAGACCAGAGACUGGUCCGUGAAGAGAAAGAGAUGAAGUGUAAGAAGGAAGCAGCUUGGAGAAAACAAGCUCUCAACGUCAGGAAGGAAAUGGAGGACAAACAAAAAACAAAAAUUGUGGUUGCUGAGAAACUGUUCCAGGAAUGGGAGGCAGAUCGUGCUCAAGCAAAAGCCUUGGCAGUCGAAAUUCAGGAAGAAAAACAAAGAAAUCGUGAGAAAAAACAACUGCGAGCUAAGGAAUUAUAUGAAGCCAACCUGGAGCUUCAGAAGUCUCGUCAAAGAGAACAACAGAGGGAGUUUCUCGAGGAGACCAAGGCCGUGGCUUUCAGUGAUGGCAAGGUGGAACAGCAGGCAGUAUUGACGUCAGAGAAAGAAGAGCGGCUGAAAUAUCGGCAGAUGAUCUCGGAGAAGCUCCGACUAGCGAGGGAGAGAGAGGUGGAGAGAGAGAAUAGAGAGAGGGCAUUACGAGAGAAGCGGAAAGAAGAGGAAGUGGCGAGAGAAUGGCGUGCUAGGGAAUUAGCAGCUGCGACUGCAUUGAGAGUUGGAGUCCCCCGCGGAGAUUCUCCACUCCUCCGCAGGAAGGAGGAAUUCCUUCAAGAAGCUGUUCGCCUCAAAGAGGAAGAACGACAGGCAAUGCUUCAACAAGCUGCUUUUGCUGAACAUAUGAAUCAAGAAGAUGACGUCGCCCAUAAACAGACCCAAGUGAAAUACAAGAAGGAGCUGGAAGAGCAGAUGGAGGAAAACCGUCGGUUAAUGCUUCAAAGAAAAAGAGACCGCGAAAAACAGGUGGCGGAGGAGCUCGCUGCUGCCUUCCGCGCUGAAGAGGAUUUACAACGCAAAUUACGUCUCCAAGUCGAUCAACUCAGAGCGAGCAAAGUCCCUCCUCAGUACGUGAAGGCUGUUGAGAAGAAGAUCCAACGUCUGCAUGGAAACCCGAGCUGA